AUGCAGGCUCCGGGAAAAAGUGAGAAGGAAUUGCCCUCUGAAGCAAUGAAGGAGGAAAUAAAGACUAGUGAAGAGCGGGUAAAGAAGCUUCUUGAAAUGACUCCACCCAAAGGAAAAGAUUUCCUUUGUAGCAUUGAGCACAUAUUGGAGCGUGAAAGGAAUUGGGUUUGGUGGAAACGUGAUGGCUGCGCUCCAUUUGAGAAGCAACCGGUAGAGAAAAAGCCGGUUCAAGGUGGAACAAAAAAACGUCGGCCACGAUGGAGGCUCGGAAACAAAGAACUCUCUCAAUUGUGGAAAUGGGCAGAUCAGUAUCCGAAUGCUUUAACUGAUACUCAACGUGUGCGCACUCCCUCUAUCACAGAUUACUGGAAACCUCUGGCAGAAGAUAUGGAUGAAUCUGCUGGAAUAGAAGCGGAAUACCAUCACAAAAAUAACCGGGUCUAUUGUUGGAAAGGUUUGCGGUUUUCAGCCCGCCAAGACUUGGAGGGAUUUUCCAGAUUUACAGAGCACGGUAUUGAGGGGGUUGUGCCUCUGGAACUUUUGCCUGCUGAAGUGCGGGCCAGAUAUCAAGCUAAGCCAAGUGAAAGGACUAAGCGAGCUAAGAAGGAGGAAACAAAAACCUCAGCGCAGCAAGCAGAAGAAAAUCAGAUCGCGACAGCAGCAAGUGAGAUGGACAAUGAAGGGGGGCGAGCUGAUCCUGAAGCAUCAGUUGCUCCAAUUGACACAGACACGAGAAUUGCUACUGUUACCAUAUCUCAGGAAGAAACUCCAACUCCAGAAGAUAACCAGAAGCAAAGCUCUGAUACAGAUGUUGCUCAAGAAGCAGGGCAGAUGGAAGCAGACACAGAAGCAGAGACGGGGAUGAUUGAUGGAGAAACAGAUGCGGAUGUUGAUCUAGAUGCUGUAGGCUAAUCCAACUUUGUAUCUCUGCGUGCACCUUUUUUUAUCAGUUAGAAAUGAAAAGAAGAACUGAUACUGAACGGUUCAUGAACAACGCAAAAACCAUGCUAUUUAGACUUAACGCUAACUGUGCUGUGAGUUUUUUUUUUCUUUUCAAUCUUUUAGCAUUAAUAGAUCAUUUUCAAGUAUUUUAGCGAUGUCAAGUGAAAAUAACAUAACGAUAUUUUCACAAAUCAUAAGGGUCUAGAAGGCAAGGAGAGGGUGUUACCGUUAAA